AUGGCGGGUACUGUGGCGAAGAAGUGUCUCAACCCUCUGGCUUUCCUUACCAGGAGGCUUUCGGCUCCGGAGUUUGUCUCUCGGUGCUGCUACCACGAGAAGGUGGUGGAUCAUUAUGAGAACCCGAGAAAUGUGGGGUCACUGGACAAAACCUCCAAGAAUGUCGGAACCGGUUUGGUGGGGGCUCCAGCGUGUGGGGACGUAAUGAAGCUGCAGAUCGAGGUUGAUGACCAAGGGAAGAUAGUGGAUGCCAAGUUCAAAACUUUUGGAUGUGGCUCUGCCAUCGCCUCCAGCUCUCUGGCUACUGAGUGGGUGAAGGGAAAAUCUCUGGACGAAGCUGUGAAAAUCAAAAACACGGACAUCGCCAAAGAGCUCAGUCUUCCGCCCGUUAAACUCCACUGCUCCAUGCUUGCAGAGGACGCCAUCAAGGCGGCGCUGGCUGACUAUCGCCUCAAGCAGGACGACAGCCAGCAGGAGGCAGUGAGGGCCAACAAUUAA